AAGGUGUCACAUACAAUUCAAAAUUUAUUCUUUGAAGAAGAUAAGUGAGGGAGUGAUGAGGGUAGGGGUGUUAGCAUUACUUUGCUUUUAUGUUCUUGUGGGAAGUGUGGCUUUCGCUAGAAAUGUGAAAGAUUUUGAGGAUGAGAAGUUUUUUACUAUUGGUGAGGGAGGGGGAUUUGGUGGUGGUUUUGGUGCUGGUGGAGGUUUUGGCAGUGAAGGUGGUGGAGGGUAUGGUGGAGGCGGAGGAGGUGGUUAUGGUGGAGGUGGUAUUGGUGGUGGGUUUGGAAAAGGUGGUGGAAUUGGGGGCGGUGCAGGAGGCGGGGGUGGAAUAGGCGGAGGAAUUGGGGGUGGUGCAGGAGGUGGAGGAGGAAUAGGUGGAGGCAUUGGUAAAGGUGGUGGCAUUGGAGGAGGAGCUGGUGGUGGUGCAGGAGGCGGGGGUGGAAUAAGUGGAGGCAUUGGAGGUGGAGCUGGUGGUGGGGGAGGAAUUGGUAAAGGUGGUGGCAUUGGAGGAGGAGCUGGUGGCGGUGCAGGAGGUGGGGGUGGAAUAGGUGGAGGCAUUGGUAAAGGUGGUGGCAUUGGAGGUGGAGCUGGUGGUGGGGGAGGCAUUGGUGGAGGCAUUGGUAAAGGUGGUGGCAUUGGAGGUGGAGCUGGUGGCGGUGCAGGAGGCGGUAUUGGUGGGGGAGCUGGAGGUGGAAAAGGAGAAGGAAUUGGUGGUGGUGCUGGUGGAGGUGCUGGUGGUGGUGUAGGAGGAGGUAUCGGUGGAGGAGCCGGAGGUGGUGUAGGAGGA